UACCCAGUAUUAUCUUUUAAAGAUAAUUUGUGAUCCUACCAUGUUAUAAAAGUAUUCAAAAUCUCAAAGAGUUAUUUAUUCUUUUUUAUGUUUGGAAUAGUGAUUUGCUUUAUCAUGGAGCACUGUGAAUUAUUUUAGAAAACUUUUAUUUAUUUUAUUUGUAUUUUUAAAUCAAACUUUUGAACUUUUAAAGGGGUUGUAACUUGUGUUACAUAGGGUAUUUCUGUGAUUUGCUAUUAAAUAUUUUAGUUUUAAAAAACGUAUCAUAGGCAUUUUGAUAAUAAAUGACUAGAAUUUUAUUAGGAGAAAUGAAUUUCAUCUACCUCUGAACAUUUGAUAAAUCAUUGCAUUUGUAAUGAACAUUGCAGCAUAAUAAAUACUAAGUUGUACACAAUUAGUAACAAUAAGCGGUUAGCAGUAUACCUGGAUACUUCAGUGAUUAAUUAUUGCACUGUUUUGCAGGAUGACUAAAAGAGGCACAGAAGAGCCACUAUCUGACGAGGAGGGGCUGGAAGAAGUUACAAGUGGUGAAGUAACUGAGAAGAAUAGACCCAACACUGCACCCACUAUUUGUACAACCGAGGAACUUGAUGCUAUGUACAAGAAAGUACAAGAAGAAUUUAAUGUAUUCAAAGAUCAGUAUGAAUUUCCAGAUGAUAUGACCAAAAAUGGUAAAAAGAAGCUGCUCAAAACUCUAAAAUUCGAUUUCUUCAAACCUAUCAGAAGAAAAAUUGAACGAGAAAAAUUGAAAAGAAAGAAAGCCAACAACCCUGCAUCUGCGCCCAAGCGUCGUAAGGGUAACAAACUAUGUGACAGUAACAACAAAUUACGUGUUGCUGUAGAUUGCAGUUUUGAUGAUUUAAUGACGGAAAAGGAUAUCGUUAAACUAAGCAAACAAAUCCAAAGAAUUUACGCAAUGAACAGGCACAUGGACAACCCUUUACAGUUACACCUCACAAACAUGCAGGGGAAAACUCUUGAAAGAAUGGGCUGUGUUGACGGCUACAAAAACUGGGAUAUCAAUCUUAAAAGUGAGAGUUUAAUUGAAUUGUUUGAGCCUUCAAAUGUGGUGUACCUUUGUGCUGAGUCAGAAAAUUUGUUAUCAACGUUUGAUGAUAGUAAAACCUAUGUAAUCGGAGGAUUUGUUGAUCAUAAUGCUCACAAGGGACUUGCGUAUGAGCGCGCCCAAGCUGCUGGUUUCCAGCAUGCUAGACUACCAAUCGACCAGUUCUUUACAAUAUCAACCCGAAAAGUGCUUACUGUUUGUCAUGUUUUUGAAAUUAUUUCCAAUUUUUGUGUCAGCAACAGCUGGACCAGUGCUAUUGAGAAGACUGUGCCAGAAAGAAAAGGUCUUAAAAGUUUAGAUGAUAAAGCUAAAUCAGAAGAAACUGAAGCUCUGAAAAUAGAUGAUGCUGUUAAGGCUGAGUCUUAGUUUUUAUUUUAUUUAUUAUAAGUUAUUCGAGGCAGAACAACAUUGAUAUUUUAUGUUCUCUUAGA